GCGCCCCCCGUAGCAAAGUUCGGCUCAACUUUGAGGCGGGCCUUGACGCGCUGUCCCUUCCACCUCCCACCAGGUCCUCGGCGGCCGUGGCGAAGCGGGCGGCGGCGGCUGGAGCGCAGCCCCGGGACCCUGCGCGGCGGCCAGCAGCGACAGCGGCGAGGGGACGCGGCGUGCCCGCGUGGGGACGUCCGGCCGGCGCCCACGAGUGGGCGCCGACGGGGCCCGCGGCGCGCUCCCCCGACACCGGCGAGCAGCCGGAGUCCUGAGCUCGCCUCCUGGAAGCCGCGGGUCGGCGCUUGCCCCGAGGGCGCCGGGACCUCGGCCGGCGGACAGAAACUGCUCUGCAAUUGAUUCGGCCGCGCCGGGCGGGUGCGGGUGCGGGGCCCGGAGGGAGCGCGUGCGGAAGGCCGGAGGGCAGGAAGUCAGGCUUCUGCAGCGAGGGUGGCGCGACCGCACGGGGACGGAGCCUUCCUUAUUUAUGAGUCUGCCGGCGCUCGCCUGCUUCCUCCGAAGACUUGAGGGAGAGUCUGCGAGCUGCCGUCCCCGCGUAUGAGGCACAGAAGGGCCGGAUGUCAGAACGACAUAAUUAUUCAUUAAACUACAAACUUUUCUUUUUUUAACCCAAAGAAUAUCGGUGAUUUUUGUCCACUGCGAGGAGAAGAAGAGCGAGCCCAGGGUUUGUGAAAUGCAGCAGAAUCCUUAUUUAUAAACAGGCCGAGGUAGUGAUAUAUGCGACCCCCCUCUACUCAGUGACUUUUCUAUCCUAUGGAUAUCGGUCUUGAGAGUUGAGAUUGGAGAGCAGCGCCGUCUGCACUGGGUCCUGCAGCUUCCGUCCUUUCAAUGCCUGGUUUUCUCUGUGACUGCUGGCCUUCCCUGGAGAUCAGAGCGCUCCUGUGUGCCAUGGGCUGUAUUCAGAGCAUCGGAGGUAAAGCCAGAGUCUUCCGGGAAGGGAUCACGGUGAUUGAUGUGAAAGCCUCCAUCGACCCCGUCCCCACCAGCAUCGAUGAGUCCUCCAGCGUGGUGCUCCGCUACCGGACACCCCACUUCCGGGCCUCGGCCCAGGUAGUCAUGCCUCCUAUCCCCAAGAAGGAGACUUGGAUAGUUGGCUGGAUCCAGGCGUGCAGCCACAUGGAGUUCUACAACCAGUACGGCGAGCAGGGCAUGUCCAGCUGGGAACUCCCCGACCUCCAGGAGGGCAAGAUCCAAGCCAUCAGCGACUCUGACGGGGUGAACUACCCCUGGUACGGCAACACCACGGAGACCUGCACCAUCGUGGGCCCCACCAAGAGAGACUCCAAGUUCAUCAUCAGCAUGAAUGACAACUUUUACCCCAGCGUCACAUGGGCCGUGCCCGUCAGCGAGAGCAACGUAGCCAAGCUCACCAACAUCUACCGGGACCAGAGCUUCACCACCUGGCUGGUGGCCACCAACACCUCCACCAACGACAUGAUCAUCCUACAGACGCUCCACUGGCGCAUGCAGCUCAGCAUCGAGGUGAACCCCAACCGGCCCCUGGGCCAGCGCGCCCGGCUGCGGGAGCCCAUUGCCCAGGACCAGCCCAAAAUCCUAAGCAAGAACGAGCCCAUCCCGCCCAGCGCCCUGGUCAAGCCCAAUGCCAACGAUGCCCAGGUCCUCAUGUGGCGGCCCAAGUACGGGCAGCCACUGGUGGUGAUCCCGCCCAAGCACCGGUGACAGCCAGGGCCACCCACUAGGUUUCGCAAAUAAUAAUACCGCUGAAAACAAAACUCAGACUCACUCUUCAGUCAUUCAGCAAGAUACAACCGUUCUACCCUCUCCAGCGGGCGGAUCUCACUGUGCUGAGGCCCCCCGGGAAGGCCUCCCCGGCACUCGGCACCUGCUUCCUUUCAGGGAGGGGGGAGACCUAAGCAGGACAGACAGACCCCACGUGCGCCCUCAGGGUCACCUCUGGUCUCCUUGCCUCUCCUUUUGCUCACAGCUUCAGUCACGCACCUGUAACAGAUUCCCUGAAACACUGCUUUUUCCGUUUUUUAAAAACUCCUCUUAUGGGGGUUCAGGGGCAGGAGGAGGAGGAGCCGAUUAGGAGGGAAGCUCCGGCCCCGAUCAAAGAGACAGAUCCGCACUGCUGCCGAUUUGUGGCGCUGGCCGGCCUUCCCCUCGGGUCCCCCUGCCCUCUGUCAUGCGGCCUUAUGUAGACUUGCUUUGCCAAACUUUUGCCUUAAGCUGAAUUUAAAGGAAGAAAACCAAUUGGAGAAAGAAAGCAGGAUCUCUUUUCUACCGGACUUUUCCUCUUCUGCCAGAGGUGGAGGGAGGGGUGGGGUCGCCUGUGAGGGUCUCUUGAGCCCUUCUUCCCGGUUGUCUUGGGAGAAGAGUGAGGAUGGGCCUUUAGACCUGAAACCAGCUGCUCACUCUUUCUUUUUGGCAGAAACAAAACCACAGGCAGAUUCCGCCUGAACAGCCCCUUCUCUCCCUCCACCCCCAGGUCUCAUCCCGGCACCUGCGGAGAGGGGCUGUGAGCCCUGGCCAGGGGGUGGCUCUGCCAGCAGCCUGGCCUCUUCUCCCGUCUCUUCCCAGCAGCCUUAACUUCCCUUGGGCGGCUCUAGGAAGAGAGAGGGAAGCUCCUGUGAACCCAGGGAAUUUUCACCCUCAGUCCUCAGGACCCACUCAGGUUGAAUCCCUGGCCCUCCCUCCAGCUGUGUGGUUUUUUCCUUCUCCAUCCACACUGGUCCCAAAUGCCUGGGGGCCAGCGACCCGGACCGCCGACACACAGCCUCAGUGUUAGUCUCAAAGGUAAGGAAGGCAAUCACAUCCCUUCUUGCAGGGCAUGUUAAGACUUGAAUCAGGUGGGCCCCGGCCCCUGUGGCUGGCUGGCCCCUGGUGUACUGUAAAAGGGCCAAGACAGGGCUCGUUCUCAGGGGCGCCCCUCCCAGGCCUUCGGGGCAGCGGAUGGUGCAGUCAGGCUCUGGGUGUCACACUGAUGGCGGUAGAAGGCACCUGAGCUCUAGGGAAGUCUUGGGAGGCAGUCGGCCGAGCCCCUGCUUCCUGUCCUCGAAGUGAAUCCAGGCCAAGGGCUGGGAGGGCCGGGUGGGCUCAUGGUAGAGAGGGGUCAGAGCCACUCUGGAGGCUGGGCUGGCACAGUGGAGAGUGACAGGUGAGGACAGACGUCUGGAAGCCCAUCCCUGGGACCUGCCCUCCCUCGGUCCCAGGUUACUGGAGCCUCAGGGCUUACUGAGUCCUGACCCAUUGUGCCAGGGUUCUGGGCAGUGUCUGCCUUGUGGCCACUUGCAGGGGCGAUUAGGGGACAUCCCACUGAAGCCGUGUUCCUUCCAGCUUGCCAAACACACAGCUACCCGCCCGGGGCCCAUACUCAGCCUAAUAAUUACCAAGCACAGAAAACCAUCCAUUUAGAAAAAUAAUCCAUUUCUGCUGCAGCUGAGCCACUUGUAGGAGUCUCCGUGACAGCGUGGGACAGUGUGGGCACCGAGGUCCCUGGCCUGCUCCUUUGUCCACGGGCUGUUGCGUUUAUUCAAGGGGUGCUUAAUGACUGUUCAGCCUCUGCCGUCUGUCUCCAGGCCCAGCUCGUGCCAGGAGGCUGUCCUGGGACACGCUGGGCUGGAGCUGCCGGCUGGCACGGUGCUCAGGGGGCCCCUGGUGGGGGCCAGGACCUCCCCACAGAAACUGCAGGUUCUCUUUUGUGAGGAUGGAGGCCGUGCCACCCAGAAAGGCAGUAGCUUUGGGGGAACAGCGGGUCUCAGCUGCACGUCUGAGGACGGGUGGGGACGGGGCUGGAUCUUGGCCUUCAUUCAUUGGAGACUUCUCCACUCAGGUCUUUGUUGCACUAAAGCAGGGACAGGACCCUGGGGGUUCAGGAAGCGGGUCUCAGGCUGCCGGGUUCUUCCCGGAAGUGGGGCUGGAGAGCAGAAUGGAAAGGGGCUUCCUGAGCUGCUGGGGGGUGAAGGACCCCCAAAUCCCCAUUUCUUGAGUGUAAGCAAACACUCGAGACAGGAGCCAGCACCCCUCCCACUGCAUGCCCGGCCCCCGGCCCACCUUGCCCCCUGACCCACCUUCACCUGUGCCCCUUCUUUCCACCCUUCCUUCCUCACUGAAGAAGGGCUGGGAAGACCCUGGAGAGGCUGCAGGUCUGUCCUGACACUCAGCUAAGCCCCAGUCUGCCCCCUCAGCCUCCUUGCUCAUGUUGGAGCACAGGCCCCAGGCUUCCUGCCGGGGCCCCGAUUCCUCUUAUGUCCCCCAGCCCCGCCCUGGCGUGGACAUCCACUCACUCCUUCCAGCAAUAAGAACCAUCCUUGGUCGUGGAGAGUACUGUGAAACCAACCAAUGCACUUACCAGGAGGCACAAGACUCUUGAAGAAGAUGUAAAAUGAACCUUUUUUUUUUUUUUAUAAAAAACAAAAAACAAAUAUUCAUAAAGAGAAAUAAAAUGUAAUUUUAAAGUA